UAGAGCGGUAGUGUUUUUCGCGGACUCGCGGCUCGAUUUCCAAUGUUUAGUGGAUUGAAGGGUAAUAGUUUUGUGAUUCGGUUUAGUGAUCAUCCGUAAUGAAGUGGAUUAAUGUGGCUUAGUGUGAAUUAUACGGUUUCCAUUAAGUGAUUUCAUCUACAUUACAGUGGCAGUGCUGUGUACACAUCCGUAUUUAAUCAUAACACGUAUUUGAGUUCGUUACGCGUGCUAAUCGUUCGCAUAUUAUAACUGAUUAAGUGGUGAUUACCGGAUGAUUGAAGGUGAAGGUUGUGAGUUACAGAAGUAAAUGUGUGCUAUUCCAGAAAUCCAUCGGUGAGAUUGCAUAACUACUAGUGUGACAAACUACAACAACCGGAAGUACGUGGUGGCGAUUGUCACGACUGUGUCUGACACCUUGUUAAACUAGUUUCGGAGCUUGUUUGUUCUGAUCCUUGGUGGCCACUUGCCAAGCCUCCUACACUCGUAAUCGUGCAGUGGUGCAGCCCGUGGCACCGUUUCGACGCGGUUGUCUGCCGGUUUUCCCGUUGCUGAGUACUUAUAAUUGAUUGGAGAGGAUGCCCCACGUUCGAGCCGGAGGAGUGGGGACCCUCCUGAUGCUGUGGGCAACAGUGUUGCCACGUGUCCUGCUCACACUACUGCUGCUAGUUGGAACGAUGACUCAAAAUCAGGUGCAAUCGGUUGCUGCUCCUUCAUCUAAUAUGGGAAUAGUGGCGAACGCGGUUUUGGAAGAUCCUGAAUUCACAGACAUCAUAGAGAACAUUACAGUCCCAGCAGGAAGGAAUGUUAAACUGGCGUGUUCGGUGAAAAAUCUGGGCUCCUACAAGGUCGCCUGGAUGCACUUUGAGCAGUCGGCCAUCUUGACCGUGCACAACCACGUAAUCACCCGGAAUCCCCGGAUCAGCGUUACGCACGACAAGCACGACAAACACAAAACCUGGUUUCUGCAUAUUUCCAACGUACAGGAAGAGGACAAAGGACGCUACAUGUGCCAGAUCAAUACGGUUACGGCCAAGACCCAAUUUGGUUAUCUUCAUGUGGUUGUGCCUCCCAAUAUCGACGAUUCGUUUUCCUCGAGUGACGUUAUCAUCCGGGAAGGUGCAAACAUAACUCUCAAGUGCAAAGCAACCGGAAGUCCUAUCCCUUCGAUCAAGUGGAGGCGAGAAGAUAUUUUGAAUAUCACCAUCUCCAAAAAUCUCACCGUGAAAGCUUGGGAAGGCGACACACUAACCAUGGAGCGGGUAACUCGUCACGACAUGGGAGGCUACUAUUGCCUCGCGUCCAAUGGCGUUCCACCGAGCGUGUCCAAAAGGAUCAAAGUCAGUGUCGAUUUUCCGCCGAUACUGUGGACGUCACAUCAACUCGUUGGCAUCCCCUUGGGCUAUAACGUUACGCUGGAGUGCAGUACGGAAGCACACCCUACCUCACUCAACUACUGGACUCUGGAGAAGGAUCAAAUGAUACAUGAUUCCACGAAAUACAAGACUGAAUCUAUUCCUGGAACACCUUCGUACAAAGCGGUGAUGCGGUUGCACAUCAGUGAUGUACAGCAAGCUGACUACGGUAUCUACAAGUGCAUAGCCAAGAAUCCACGUGGCGAAGCCGAUGGAACAAUCAGAUUAUACUCAUCGAGUCCACCUACGACGAUACCACCAUCCACAACCGAAGUCAUCACGACGACCGUGUCUUCUACGAGAGCCAUCGAGCUACCGUUCGGACCAACGACGGUCGUGUCGGUCCAGCAGUAUGAGAAAGGAAACAAAUACCAGUCCAUCCUGAACGACGUGGACCGGUCCGAGCAGAAGUCCAGCGAUAGCUCCAAAUCAAAUCGAGAUCGAUCGCCAGCGAACCGUCCGAAAAACAGCGGUUCCACCCAUAAUAGUUGGUGUUGGCUGUCGCUUGUCCUGCCACUGGCAUUCCAAGUGACCCAUCUGACGCGACAGUGACGGUGACUACCGGAACCGGUCGGUGCAGUUUGUUGGAUGUUGCGUUAGGGAUGAAUCCAUGAACUACGAAGAAAGUUAAUGUAUUGAAUAUGUUUAGGAUUAGGAUAUAUGGGACGAGGGAUUAGUUUUUUGAUGUUAUCGUUCUGUUUGGUACUCCGGCAGGGACGUUGAAGCCAUUACCGGAGCCGGAUGGUUUUCCACGCUUGCUCAUGAUUUUACACGGCAAGCCUAGUGUAAAGGUAGUUAUGUUACAAUUUGUACAUUUAAUCAGAGUAAAAAACACAAAAUGCUAUACAUAUAUAGUGGAAGAUAUAGGUAAAUUUUUACGAUCAAUGGAGAUGCCACAGCAUCGUGAGAUGAGGCCGAGUCGAGGUUGUUGUAAAAUUAUUAUCAGGAUAUGGCAGAUCAAAGUAUGUUGAAGGAGACAUGAUACUUGAUAGCGUUAAUGCCUUACGUAAAAAUUAAGCCAAUAAACCAGCAGCGUAACCGAAUAAGUCAGGGGAGAAACACGAAGAAGAUGAAGAAGAAGCAGCAGCAGAUGUGAGAUAAGGUAGAAUCACCUAUUAACUGAACUGGUGUUGUGAGCUAUGAAACAAGUAUUAAAACUAAUCAACGUGGAGGAUUUCUUUUUUUUCGCUCGCCGUCUAUCACAGUCAUUUGAACGGAAAAGUGUUUUUAGAUAACAGUCAAUUAAAUGUCGGCCACUAAACGGUUCAGUGUCGCACGGUGGAGGAGUGACGAUAAUGAAAAACUAGAACAAAGUUUCGUUUCUGUUAUAAAUUUGUUUCCAGGAAUGGGAAGGGGGAAGGGAAGUUGGUUAUGAUGAAUGCAGGAACGAGAAGCAUAACUUUUGGUCGGACGUUUGCGUCAACUUGUGCUCGGAGGCAUUCUCGGGCGAACGAAUUUGCUAUUUUCGUGACGCCAGCCGUAUCAGGAGAAUAAUUGGCAAUCAAGGUGUCAUGUUAGCUAGUUUUAUUGUUGGCUAGUUUUUAUCUUCCACUGUUUUCUGGACAAUGCACUGCUUGUUUCAGUUUGGUUAUGUAGAAUCAAAAACUAGGCUUAAUUAUAUUGAGAAUUGGAAGAAUGUUUCGUGAGAUUCUGCAGUAUUCACAACAACAGCAAAAAAAGAUAAUCAAAACUUAAGACAAACGAAUGUGGGUGUUAAACUAAUCUAAAUUUUAUCGUUGUAUGAUAUCUAAAAUACAGAGAAAAUCUGGCAAGAGCUAUAAAAUGUACCAUAAUCACACACACGACAACAAGAAAACGUACUGCUAAGUAAUGCAUUAACACAACUUUCUAAGUAAAAGAGGUACUAAACCAAUCAACUAAAUACAAAUUACUCUUAAGGACAUAAACAAGGAAUGGAAAAACUGUGCUGCGCUUUCAACACAAACUGUAACUGAAUCGUCACCAAAAAAGAACAAAACGAAAAACUAUCAAACGCCAAACGACGAAAUCAAACAAAACCUGCAGAAGAAGCAAAACCGGGAUUCUAGUGAACUUUUGCAGUCGGGUAAUAAAACACAAUUUGUUAGCGAUAAAAUUGUGGACACAUACCCGACACACAUAGUCACACGCGCCAAAAACCCCCAGACCUUGAGAAAGCUAGCUCACUCACUCCUUAGCACACACAUAAAUAUAAGCUGAGAUAAAUACUUAUCAUAGUUAGAACAAAACAAAAACGGAAAAAGUAAAAUAAAAAGUUUGUUAUCUAUGAUCAGACAGAAAGGAGCAUCGUAGCAUAAGACACAUUGACACACACACGUCACACAAGAGCAUGCAACUUGCAGUCGUUACACACAGGAUGGACACGUUAUACAAAAACCAAAUAAAAAGACAGACAGACAGUGCAGCAACAACAACAAAAACAUUCAGAAACACGAACAUGAAUGGGAA